AUGGUUGAAGACAUCAUUGGGUCGCAGCAUCAAACUCCUAGGCCGGAAUGCCUGGUCAACAAAUCCCCCGAGGAAUUGGAAGCAAUCAAGAAAACUAUGCUUAGAAAAUUGGAUACAAGGCUCAUGCCUACCUUGAUCAUAUUAUUCUUAUUGAAUAUCCUCGACCGUAACAACUUCACCAACGCUAGAUUGGGCGGCUUGGAAGACGACAUUGGCCUCAAUGAUCAUCAAUAUAAUACGUCUUUGAUGAUCAUGUAUGUUGGAUACCUGCUAUUUCAAUUUCCAUCCAACGUGAUAUUGUCUAGAUUUCCUCGCCCGGGUAUCUAUCUUUCAGUCGCAGCAUGUCUUUGGGGAGGUGUGUCUGCUUCUAUGGCAGCUGCUCACUCCUACGGUGCUGUGCUGUCUAUUCGUUUCUUUUUGGGUUUCGUUGAGGCCCCUUUCUUCCCCGGUGCUUUACUACUCCUGACUUCAUGGUAUUCUCGCGCUGAGCUUCCUCCGAGAAUUGCCUUUCUUUACGCCGGAAAUACUCUCUCCAAUGCCUUUGGGGGAAUGAUUGCUGCAGGUGUUUUGGACAAGAUGGAAGGUGUUGGUGGAUUACGUGCUUGGAGAUGGCUAUUCAUCAUCGAAGGAUGCAUUACCGUCGUUAUCGCUAUCGGAGCUGGCUUUAUUUUGCCCAACUAUCCUAAGAAAACCCGAUGGCUUACCGUCGAGGAACGCGAAUUCGCUGUGUGUCGUCUGACUGAAGAAGCCGGUGGUGUCGAAGACGACGACGGUAGCUCCAUCUGGAAGGGUGCGCUUAUGGCCCUUGCGGAUCCCAAGGUCUAUCUACUCAUUCUCCUCCAACUUUCCCUCCUUGUUGGUAUGGCAUACACCUACUUCUUCCCAACCAUCAUGAAAACUCUUGGAUAUAACAACAUCAUUACACUACUCCUGACCGCACCUCCAUACUUUCUUGCCUUUUUCACCUCCAUCGGCAAUUCCUUACACUCCGGAAAAACUAAUGAGCGUUGUUUCCAUAUUGCCAUCCCUCUCACCAUUUCCAUGCUUGGCAAUAUCCUUGUUGUGACCCUGGAAACCACUGCUGGUCGUUACGCCGCUAUGUUUCUUAUGACUAUGGGUGUCUACAGUGCCUUCAAUGUCACACUCUCGUGGGUCUCAUCAACAAUCCCUCGCCCAAAAGCCAAACGUGCUGCCGCACUUGCCAUGGUCAAUUCUAUCGCCAACUGUACCCACUUGUUCACUAGCUACCUGUACCCGAGUACGGACAAGCCCAGAUACCUGAAAGCCGGGACUUGGUUGAAGCAUGAGAACCGCAAGCUUGAUAGGGAAGAGGGUUUUGCGCCAGAUUCUAGCGAGGAAGUUGGGACUGAUGGACGCAGGAAGGGAUUCAGAUAUACCCUUUAA